AAAAGGAGCAUGUGCCAGCUAAAGUUGCCCUCUUAUGACUCAAUUACACUUGGAACCGUUCUAGGCAAGCUCUUCUCCCAAUGCCAUAAAUAUCCAUUUGAUUCGGCAAAGUAUUGAGUCUCAGCGACCCUUAAAAAAAAAGAGAGAGAGAUUUUCAUCGUCCUUCUCCUGGGUUCAGAGAAAGAUAUUGGAAGGAAGGAGAAGCGGCAAGAGCAGCAUCCUCAAACGAAGAAGCGACGGGGAAAAGUUACUCGCGAAGAUGUUGGAGGGGAAGGCUCUGAUUGAGGACACGGAUAUGCCGGUGAAGAUGCAGAUCCAAGCCAUGGCUUGUGCUUCUCAAGCUCUGGAUCUGCAUGACGUCUUUGACUACAAAUCCAUCGCAGCCCACAUCAAAAAGGAGUUUGAUACAAGAUAUGGUGGAGGAUGGCAAUGUGUGGUGGGCUCAAACUUUGGGUGUUUCUUCACUCAUUCAAAGGGGACUUUCAUAUAUUUCACUUUGGAGACCAUCAACUUCCUCAUCUUCAAGGGCGCUUCUUCUUGAGCCUUGUGUGCUCAUGCUGUAGCAUCAUGAGAUCCUUGGGAGUGGGAGAAAGGUGCCAUUGGUACAUCAAUCUCAAGUUGUCAAAUAGCUUAAGGAUUUUCCUUUUCUUUUUGUUAGCUAUCUUCUUCAGAAGAGAGAGAGGAGAAAAAGAGUUGGGCUUUUAAAUGCUUUUUGAACUUUUGGAGGGGCAUCUGAGCUUGUGCUUUUUGUGUGUAUCUCUCUGAGAAAUGAAAAGGAUGGAUAGACAUUUCCAGAUGAUAUUUUUCUGGGAAAUGAUCUUUCACCCUGUCCAAUUGAUUGGUUUCCGCUACUGAUUAAGUGUCGACGACGACGAUGUAAUGUCCAAGGAGGAGAAAGCUGUUCAAGAUUUGUUUGUGGCUCACUGGUGAGCUGGUUUAGUUUCUUGCAGCUUUUGGAUAACGUCUGAUGUAAGGCCAGACGCGUUUCACUUCCACAAAAGUCGGAAUGAACCGAGACCCACCUUGCAAAAAGCGCCUUUUUUUGUUUCUCUC